UACAAAUUACAAUUCUCGCAGUUCCCGAAGCUUUAAACUCUUGGAUGGAAGAAUACGCUCUCGAAUCCAAAUUCAGUUAACAGUCAUCCAAGUUUCACAGUUUAGUCAUCUUCAGCCUCCAUUUUACCGAACAAAGCUCUGCCUUUCUUCUUCAAGCAGUUGGUAUAGCCCUCAAGCACCAGUUUCCUGUCUGCAUCUCUAAACUAUCCACUUCGGUAUGAACUCACGCGUGAACAUCGCGUUUAGUAGUUCAUUUGCUGGGUGAAGCUCGAUCUCAGCUUGGAAAGGCGUGGUUUAGUGUUUGAGACGCGCGAAUUGUCUCCCCCCCUACUCUUUGAACAGUUAAUUAGGGUUUCUGAGAUCCGUCAACUGUAAAAUUUGACGACUGAUGAGUCUUACCUGCAGCUUACCAUCUUUCGUAUCUGAGCAGGUAGGUUGACAGGGGCGCUGUAUUGGUGGAAGUAGACCUGGGUUUGAAGUUGAAUAUGGGAUUUUUGCUGAUGUUCGUUUUACUCCCGGGCCCAGAUUGAAGUGUUUGGUGACAAACUAGGGUUUUGCAUUGUAAAGGUUUGAAUUGGUAUUUGUUGUUGACUUCUUGGUUUGGCUGUAGAGUAGAGGACUGCAGUUUCAAGCACGUAUCUUUAAAGAUAAGAAUUUGCGGUUCUGUUGGUGUUGUAAGAGUUUCUCCGUUAGGUAGUAGAGUAGAAAUAGAAAAGAAAUGUUCUAUUCGCAGUUUAUACUCGCUAAAAAGGGUCCUUUAGGGACCAUAUGGAUAGCUGCACAUCUGGAGAGAAAGCUAAGAAAGAAUCAGAUUGCUGAUACUGAUAUUGGCGUCUCUGUAGACACAAUUCUUUCCCCUGAUGCUCCAAUUGCUCUCCGUUUAUCUAGCCAUCUUCUUCUUGGUGUUGUGAGGAUAUACUCUAGAAAGGUGAACUACCUUUUUGAUGACUGUAGUGAGGCGUUGCUCAAGGUCAAACAAGCUUUUCGCUCAACAGCUGUGGAUUUACCUCCAGAAAAGUCUAAGGCACCAUACCACUCUAUCACAUUGCCCGAGACUUUUGAACUUGAUGAUUUUGAACUUCCAGACAUUGACAUUAUUCACGGUAACUAUGUAGACCAUCAUGUGAGCUCAAGAGAGCAAAUUACACUCCAAGACCCCAUGGAAGGUGUUGCUUACUCCACAUCUAAAUUUGGACCAGAUGAGAGGUUUGGUGAUGGCGAUACUUUAGGCUUAGACUUUGAUGAGGAAUUGUUUUUGGACAAUGUUGCUGCCACAGGAGAUGCUGGUGUAAGUGUUGACGCUCAAGUGUCUGUUGAACCUAUGACGCCUUUGAAGCAAGAUGAACUUCAUGAUGCUAUGGCUGCAAAUUCAGAGAGCAUGGUUGAUGGUGCUGAAGGAGAUACUGAUUUUGUGGAGUAUGCACAUGCCCCAUGCACCCCUGGGCUAGCAGAGGAGCCAAAUUUAUCUAACAUUCAAGAGACUUCUGCAUGUGAUGACCAUUUAGAAAAUGAGUAUCAGAAUCCAACUAAAUCAAUCAUAGAAGGAGGCGUGCAUAAUAUUCCCUUGGGAGAUGAUGUUUGUGAUGGGAGUAGUCUUACCAGGCAUAUGCCUAUGCCUAAUAAUGCACAUCCUGAUGCAGUCUCAGAUACCCAGUUUGAGGAGAAUGGAUGCCAUUCAGGAGCUGUACAGUUUCCAUCUUCUGAAGUUGCUUUUGAAUGUUUUCCAUUGGAUAACCACACUUUGGUGUCUGAAACACCAGCUCAUGUUAAUCCGGUCAGUGCCCCUUUGCAAGAGUUAACUGAUGAGACUGUUAAGCCAUCUGAUGACCCCAAAGAGGCGGAAAUAACUCAGAAUCAGAUUUUUGACAAUGACAAGGUGGACAUAUCUUCACACAGUGGCUUGGACAAAGACUACCCAAGUCACGAUGGAAUGAAUUUGGAAGAAAAUGCAUGCAAUAUUCCUGGUUUAAAGAGUAUUGAAUUUUCAGUUUCAGUUGAUGCUAUGCAAGUCUAUCAGACAUCACCUAAUGGACAGGAACCAGAAAUUCAUCAGGAGCGAAUAAAUUCCAUCAAUUUGACGAACUCAGCCCAAUUUCACAUUCUGAAACCAUGCAGUGCUCAGAACCAAGCUGACACAUCAAAACCAUGCAGUGAACACCUUGAUCUUGAGAUACAAUCUGAUUGUAAUGGCCUCUAUUCUCCUAAAACUUCUGAAGUAGACAUCUCAUCUACUUUAGAGCCUUCUAUUGUCCAAGGUGAGACAUGUCCUCUUACCAAGAAUUUCGAACAUAUAUCUUGUGAGAAUCACGAGGAAGGGCCUAAACUGUGCGGAGUCGGUCAGGCAAGUAGUGAGAAAUCAAAUGUUCUAGUGGAGGAUGUUGCUGUCAUUUCUGCGCAUUGCCCAGAACAAAAUCCAUGUAACUCAGCUCUUCAAGAAGUGCCUAAACUGUGCGGAGUCAGUCAGGCAAGUAGUGAGAAAUCAAAUGUUCUAGCAGAGGAUGUCGCUGUCAUUUCUGCGCAUUGCCCAGAACAAAAUCCAUGUAACUCAGCUCUUUCUGAUCUUCCAACACCUGAGAAAUUUGUGUCUGUACCAGGAGGAGUUGUUGAUUUACAAAGAGGUGUUUUAGUAGAGGAUUCACAAGGAUUGUCAGGUAGGAUUAAUGACACUUGUCCUAGUGAUUCCAAAUUCAUAUCUGGAAGAAAGCGCAGUUAUACUGAAAGCACACUAACAGAACAAAGUCUAAACUCAUUUGAAUCGUCAAGGAUGACCCAUUCCAGAACCACAGAACUUAUUCCCAAUGAUGAAGAUUUGUUGUCUUCCAUACUCGCGGGGAAAAGAUCAUCAACCCUGAAAUUUAAGCCCACUCCUCAUGAUAAGUCAUCUAUCAAACGCCGUCGCAUUGCCCGGACUAGUAUUUUAAAGAGGAAAGUGCUUAUGGAUGAUACCAUGGUGUUGCAUGGGGAUACUAUACGGGAACAACUAACUUAUACUGAAGAUAUACGUCGUGUACGCAAGAGAGCUCCUUGUACAUGUUCUGAAAUUUCAUUGAUAGAGAAGCAAAUAUUGGAAGAUCAAAUUUUCAGUGAAACAUUAUUAACUGGUGUUUCAAUGGAAUUGAGGUGUUUGCAAAAGGAAACCUUUGAUCUGAUGGGUAUCAAGGUCUUGCAAAAUGUUCAAAGGGAAAAUGAUCCAAAGCAAACAUCUGUGCCUGAUGAAAACAGUAAGACAUUGGGCAUCCAAAUAUCUGACAAGUUUGAUGGACCACAUACUACAAGGGAAAAUGAGAGUGGAGGUGCUGAUGAAUCUUCAGUAAGAAGAGACGAUGGAGAUGUAGAUGCUGUCCUUGCCACAAACAAGCAGGGUGAACAUGACAACCAAUCUUUAGAUGAUAAUAAUGCCUCCCAGAUGCUCAUGGACACCAUUGUCGAUGUAGAUGAAGCUCGUGCUUUACAACUUGAGUUUUCAGGAAAUGCAGUUGAGGCAGAAAUUGAUGGAGCAAAAAACACGGCUUCGGCUGGAGUUGAGUUUCUAUGCCAGACUAAUGGUGCUUCGGGUGACUUAGCUGAAGCUAAUGCUUCUCAAUGUGAGGUUUCUGGUAAUGCAGUCGAGGUAGGGAUUGAACAAGUUAACAACUCUUUAUGUGAUGAAUUGGCUGGAUUUGGGUCUCUAUACCCUACAGAUGGUGUUUUAGCUAAAGCUAAUGCUUCUCAACUUGAACAUUCUGGAAAUGCUGUUGAUAUGGAACUUGAUCAAACAAACACUUCACUUGAAGAUGCCGAAAACAAUGCUUUGGCUGGAGUUGAGUGUCUUGACCGUAUGCAUGAUGUUUUAGCCGAUGCUAAUGCAUCUCAACUUGUGUUGUCUGGAAUUGGAAUUGACUCAGGAUUCGACCAAACAAACGCUUCAAUCGAUAAUGAUAAUGCUGUUUCGGCUGGAGUAGGGUUUCGAUACCCUUCUGAUGCUGCGUUGGGUAUUUCAUCUGGGUUGAAAGUUACUGAUUGCAAUGCAUCUAAUGGCCUGGAUUCCUCUAUGCAGUUAAAUGGAUCUUGCAUGUCAAAUGAGCACAUGAUGGGUAAUGAAGAUUUUGUGCCGACAAACAUGAGCUGUGAUAAACUCAUUAAUGAUAAUAAUCUUCUAGAAGGUAAUUCUGUUGAUAUCGCUGAAGUUGAAAAUUACCCCCGAGCCAAGGAAGGUGUAUCAUCGGGUGUAGCCCAAGUUGAUGCUGAAAUUGAAGCUAAUAAAGAUAUCAGAGCAGAAUAUGAUCCCCAGUCCGUGACUAAUAAUGUUAUAUGCGGUGAGAACCUUACAGUAGAUGACACCACAGGUGCUGGAGAAAUUCCUUCUGAACAGGAAACUUAUCUACAAAGCUUGUUUGAUGGAGAAGUAUCUGUUAUAGAGCUUAAUGUUCCAGAUGUGAAGGUUCCAAAUUACUCUGGUGCUAUGAAUGAUACAGGGUUCCUAAAUGACGAUAAUGAUGGCGAUGAAGAAGAAGCUGGAGAGGCCGGUGAUGGUACGUUUGAUGCUGAAAAAGCAUGUUCAAUUGAAAACAGUGGGUGGUCUUCCCGUACUAGAGCUGUUGCCAAGUAUCUCCAGACUGUGUUUAGCAAGGAAACAGAACAUGGAAGGAACACUAUUUCCUUGGACAGCCUUUUGGCUGGCAAAACACGCAAGGAAGCUUGUAGGAUGUUUUUUGAAGCUUUGGUUCUUAAAACAAAAGACUACAUCCACGUGGAGCAGGCAAUUCCAUGCGAUGAUAUUACUAUACAGCCACGGAUGCAGCUUAUGAGAUCAGAGUUUUGAACAGAUGUUGAAGUAGGAAAAAGCAUGUAAAGUUUGUGAUAUCAUUUGCUAAUCUAUUUUCUUACUGAUUUAUGGCCUACGUUGACAUAGUUCAUAAGGCCGAAAAUCACGGAAUGCCAAUUGUCAUUUUUUGUUUCUUUUUGGGGGGUGGAGGUGGAGGUGGCAUUACCCCUGUUCCCAGUUAAAUUAAAUUAAAAUUAAAUAGCAUAGAGCAGUAGAAGCGUAGCUGGUCAUUAAUGCAAGUGUUGCGGCACUUGACUGUAUUACUAUUUAUACAUUACAUAUAUGUAUAUAAGGCUAUAAGCUGUAAAAUUACAUCUGGAUGUCAAUCUUCUGGGAUUGACAGUACUUGCGUGAUAUGAACAGUUCAGUGUUCAUAAAUCAUCUGGUCUUCCGCCUUAAGUUGGAACCCUGAGAAAUGGGAAAUACAUUCUCAACCCACGUUCGAACUAACCUCUUUACAUUUUUUUAAUAGUUAAAAAUUGACGCUCCAAUGGGUGUAAUUAUUUACUACCUCCGUCCCAUAUUUAUCUUCAUAGUUCGGUUUACCUGGGAUUAGGCAACACGCACUUUUCAUUUAACCUU